UUGCCUGGCCCUGCAAAGCGAGACUGCGGCCAAGAGAAGCGCUACGAUGCCGUAAACGAAUGCGGCAUGACAUAUGGCGGCUGUUGGACUGAGUGUGCAGAUGGCAUUACAGAUAUGUCCACAUUUACUGCUGCACCUUGCUCCUCCAGCAUCGAUACAGCCGUCAGCAUUGAUGCUGGCUACCCCACGCAGACAACUGACGCUGUAACCAGCGUUCCUUCGUCCACAGACGAUGGCACUUCCGACUCGUUGAUUACUCCACCACCUGCACUGGACUCGACGACGAUUACGAGCUUGAGCAAGACAAGUCGUUGCUCUCCGCUGUGGCUUUGUGUCGACUAUAUGGCCGUCUGCGGCAACCUAACCCAGAUGUAUGGCGGAUGCUACGAUAUCUGUACCUCCUCUCCACCAGUCACCUCUCCUCCCUGCAGCCUCUCGUCGCGCACCACAGGG